UUUUGCAGCUACGGCUUCAGCAGAGAAGGACCCGUGAGCAGCUGGCAGACCAAGGCAUCAUGCCACCACUGAAAAGCCCAUCCGCAUUCCAUGAACAGCGAAAAAGUCUGGAGCGAGCCAAGACUGAAGAUUAUCUCAAGCACAAGAUCAGAAGCAGGCCUGAGAGAUCAGACCUGGUCAAUAUGCACAUUUUACAAGACUCAGCUGCAGAGGGGUCCAUUCAGUCUACUCAAAUGAAGCUGAAAAGAGCCCGACUGGCAGAUGAUCUCAAUGAAAAGAUUGCUCUCAGGCCGGGUCCUUUGGAGCUGGUGGAGAAGAAUAUUAUUCCUGUCAACUCCGCUGUGAAAGAGGCCAUAAAAGGUAAACAGUGGAAAAGAAAAUACCCUCCCCUCUCCCCCCUUUGUAAACAUUUGAGGCAGUUUGAGCCUGACUUUAUUCACUGGAGCAGAGGUUUGGAGGCUGG